UAUUAUCCCUAUCCUAUUUACCCUUCAUGUUUUCAUUUUCCUAUAUAUAUUAUUGAGGUUUUCUGGUCUUUGUUCUCCUUAUGACUUCUCUAAGUUUUCUCCAUAUUAAUCUUCCUCUGGAUCUGUCUUGCUUUGCUUGCAUUCAUGGAUAGGUAUGAGGGAAAGAGAACCUUGAGGUACAAAGAGUACGAUGAGGAGGAAGAGGAAGAAGAAGAAGAUGAAGAAGAAGAGGGUAGAAGAAAGAGAGUAGUUACAGAUCUAUAUAGCAAGAGAGGGUCUAAAGGUGGAAGCUCAGUGCCACCUUCUUGUCAGGUGGAAAAUUGUGAUGCUGAUCUAAGUGAGGCUAAGCAGUACCACCGGCGGCAUAAGGUUUGUGAGUACCAUGCCAAAGCUCAUGCCGUACACAUUGCAGGGAUGCAUCAACGGUUUUGCCAGCAAUGUAGCAGAUUCCAUGAGCUAUCAGAAUUUGAUGACUCUAAAAGGAGUUGUAGGAGGCGUCUGGCUGGGCAUAAUGAGAGGCGUCGCAAAAAUGCAAUUGACUAUCAUGGACAAUGAUUUCAUCAAUGAGAUGGGCAUUGAGGCAAGCAUAUAAAUGAAUUAAUAAAGUCACCCAUUGAAACCUUUUAAAUAGUGUUGCUGGUCUCUAUGCAUGGAUGCUCUCUAUCUUCUGUCAAAUCAUUUUUCCUGUAUGAUGAAAAGAUUGGUGCUGCUAUUAAUAACAUCCAUGAGAGGUUAUUUUCA